AUGCAGCAAACACUUGUGUUCAUAUCUUUAGCUGCUGUUGGCAGUGCUACAAUGAUCUAUCCAAAGAUCGCGCCAACACCCGUUACGUUUAUCUGUGCCAUUGGCAUUCCUGUCGGGGAUCUUCCCUUCGAGACCGUCAUCUCUGGCUACGCGCUGAGGAUGCAGUACUUCCUGCCCAACAAUGCGUCAGAGGUUACGAGCGUCUAUCUGAGGCCCCAGCCGAUUACGGACAGAGGCAACAAUGGGAGUGAUUUCCAAUUGGGCUCAAUAUAUCGGUGGAUAUUAUACAAUGGCAUUGAGAUGAUUCUGGAGAAGAUGAGUCUGUCUGGGCACAGCUGCCUGCUGCGAUUGAUCUGCGAGCACGCGGCGUCCCCCUUAAACCAUGAGAGUGGCCUUCUGGGCGAGGUACUGCACAUCAUUCUGACACCUUCGCGCUCCAAGGAUCACCUGAGUAGGCACAAGGAUCAUAGCUAUCUGGCAGCAGAGCGCUUGGGCAGGCGUGGAGGCCACUGCGCGGCUGUCUUUGGCCUGAAAUGUAAAAGAUCGCCCCUAGACUUAAUUAGUGUGUUAGUGUAA